AUGUUUAGAAUGUCCUUCAAGUAGGACAUCUGUCUUAUCAGGUAGCUACUUUGAAUGUAUUUGUACUGCACCAAAUACUUUUGAUGACGGAAGCUAACUAGAAUGCGAAUAAUGCGAUCAAACUUGUCAAACUUGCUAUGGUCCUCUUUCUUCAAAUUGUUUAACUUGCAAUAAAUUAUACAGAUAGUCAGAAUUAUCAUCAUGUGUUUGUCCUCCUGAAUAUUAUGAUGUUGGAUAACUAGAAUGUACAAGUAAGCAUAAUUAAAUAAAAAAGAAUGCCACUAUUCUUGUUACAAAUGCUUCAAUGAGAAGGCAGAUGGCUGCAUUGUUUGUUCAUUGGAGCUUAGUUUAAGAAUAAUAAAAGGUAAUAUUUGCAAAUGUAUUGAUGAAUAUUAUGAUGAGGCAGGAAUUUCAAAGUGUCAAAGUAAAUAUCAUAAAUAUUAAUUACUCAGAAUGUUCAUAUAGAUGUGAGAAAUGUGAAAAUUAACCAGAUUAAUGUUUGAGCUGUCCCUUAAAUUCAAAACGCUCAUUUGAUCCUAUCAAAGGAUGCCCUUGCCCAUCAGAAUACUUUGAUUAAGAGGAUGAAAUAAAUUGUUAAAGUAGAAUUAAUAUAAAUUAGAGAAUGUCAUUUCAAAUGCAAAGGAUGUUAUGGUAAGGAUUAAACUGAAUGUCUCUCUUGUGAUUCUUCUGCCUAUAGAGAGAUUUAAGUUAGUUCCUGUUUAUGCUAACCUCAUUAUUUUGAAAUAGAGUUUUCAGAUUGUGGAAGUAACUAUUCUAUCUAACAUUAGUUUGUCGGGCAUUCUGUUAUGAAUGUGUAUAGGAUUCCUCAAAUUGUACAUCAUGUUAUAGCGAUAGAUAUUUAGUUGGAAAUACUUGCAAAUGCAUUACGAAGUAAUAAGGAGCACUUAUAAGUAUGUUUGAAUAUAAUGGAAUGA